AUGGCUGAAGACCUGAGGCUGCUGCGCAAGGGCAACCGUGUCGGUGUCGGUGCUUGGGCUCCAGUUUAUGUGGCUGCCGUGCUCGAGUACCUGACUGCUGAGAUCCUGGAUACCUUGGAUUCAAAUGUGAAAACUCUACGUUUUGGAGGCCAAAGUAGCGACGUAUCAGUGGGAAGCUCACUGUUGGAGGCUUUAAAAAGACCAUGUUCCCGCGGAAAUGUUCAUUCACCUACACCAGCAAUGGCAAGAACCAAGCAAACCGCUCGUAAAUCCACCGGUGGCAAAGCCCCGAGGAAGCAGCUCGCUACUAAGGCUGCACGCAAGAGUGCACCAGCCACCGGUGGCGUGAAGAAGCCUCAUCGUUACAGGCCUGGCACCGUGGCUCUGAGGGAAAUCCGUCGUUAUCAGAAGUCCACCGAGUUGCUGAUCCGUAAACUGCCUUUUCAGCGUCUGGUCCGAGAAAUCGCACAGGACUUCAAGACUGACCUGCGUUUCCAGAGUUCUGCGGUCAUGGCUCUUCAGGAGGCUAGCGAGGCUUACCUAGUCGGUCUGUUUGAGGACACCAACCUGUGCGCCAUCCACGCUAAGAGGGUCACCAUCAUGCCCAAAGACAUCCAGCUGGCUCGUCGCAUUCGCGGAGAGCGCGCUUAA